CGCGACGAGCAGAGCGCGCCCGACGGUGGCCGGGGAACAACGAUGAGGGCGCUACAUUAUUUAAUAUUUCUCGCCAACUUCCUAUCCGUGCUCUGUCUCAAUUUGACGUAUCUGGAUCCGACGGUGCUCCAGACCAAAACCUCCGCAGACAUACAGCAGCAGACGGCGACCGACAUCAUCGGCAAUUACCUGAGCUCCGGGACCUUCACCGUGGUCGUGCAGCCCGUGCUGUUCCAGGACAGCAAGGAUGUGUUCACGUUGCGCACGGUCAACGGGGUUCUGCAGAUCCGCGCCAGCACCGGCGUCGCCGCCGUGUGGGGCUUCAACUACUACCUCAAGAAGUACUGCCGGAGCCAGAUCGCCUGGCAGGUGCGGCGCGUCAGCGUGCCGUCGCCGCUGCCCGAGGUCAACGAGGUGGUCGUCGCCAACGACAGGUUCCGGUACUACCAGAACGUGUGCACCGCCUCCUACAGCUUCGUGUGGUGGACCGUCGACGACUGGGUAAAGCACGUCGAGUGGAUGGCCCUGAACGGCAUCAACGUGGGUCUCGCGCCUGUCGCGCAGGAGGCCGUCUGGGCCGAGAUAUACGAGCGCCUCGGCAUGACCGAUCAGGAGAUCGCCGAGCACUUCACGGGACCGGCGUUCCUCGCUUGGCUCCGGAUGGGCAACGUGCACGGCUGGAGCGGCCCGCUCCUGCGGUCCUGGCACGACCGUCAGCGGAACAUAGAGGACAAAGUCGUCGACUACAUGUACCGUCUCGGGAUGGUGCCCGUGCUGCCCGCGUUUAAUGGUCACGUACCGCGAGCCUUCCGAAGGAUCUUUCCGAACGCCACGUUCUCCACGGUGCAGCCUUGGAACAAAUUCAACAACGACUACUGCUGCAACCUAUUUUUGCAGCCGACCGAGCCGCUUUUCAAGGAGCUCGGGACGAUGUUCCUGAAAAACAUCACCGCGAGACACGGAUUCAGCAACAUUUACGCGGCGGAUCCCUUCAACGAGGUCAUCAUGGAGCCCUGGUCCGACCACGUCGUGCGGGAAACAUCGAAAGCCAUAUUUUCCACAAUCGAGGGCGUCGACGGGAACGCGGUGUGGCUGAUUCAAAACUGGAUGUUCGUCCACGACCCCGUUCUGUGGCCGCUGGACCGAGUUCGGACGUUCCUGACGUCGGUCCCCAACGGUCGCAUGCUCGUGCUCGAUUUGCAGUCGGAGCAGUGGCCGCAGUACGAGUUGUACGACAUGUACUACGGCCAGCCUUUCGUCUGGUGCAUGCUCCACAACUUCGGCGGCACCCUCGGAAUGUUCGGAAAUACAAAGUCGAUCAACAAAAAUGUGUACGAGGCAAGAAAUCUUCGAAACAGCACGAUGAUCGGAGUCGGCCUGACUCCCGAGGGGAUCAAUCAGAAUUACGUGGUGUACGAUUUGAUGCUGGAGUCCGCCUGGAGAAAAACUCCGAUAGAGGAUCUGAACGCCUGGGUCGAGGCUUACGCGGAGCGGAGGUACGGGUGCAACGGUACUUCUCUCGCAUGGAGGUACCUGCUGAGGAGCGUGUACAGCUUCGACGGUCUGAAUAGAAUGAGAGGCAAGUACGCGGUGACGCGUCGGCCGAGCUUCAAAAUAAGGCCGUGGGCCUGGUACAGCGGGCACGAUAUUUUCGAGGCUCUCAAAUAUUUCGUGUUCAGCGACCCCAACGCCUGCAACUCCGACGGAUAUAAUCACGACCUAGUCGACGUCACCAGACAGGCCCUCCAGUACAGAACCGAUCAGCUGUAUCUCAAAAUAUUAGAAGACAGAUCCUCUCAAUUGUAUGUCUUCAAUUCGUCAAUAAAUCGCUUCUUGGACGCCAUGGGAGACAUGGAGAGCAUUCUGGCGACAAACGGCGACUUCAGCACGCAGAAUUUCUUCGACGCGGCGAGACAGGUAGCUUCGAACCGACUGGAGUCCUACUUGUACGAGUUGAACGCUCGGAAUCAGAUAACGCUGUGGGGUCCGACCGGGGAGAUUUCCGACUACGCCUGCAAGCAGUGGGCGGAGAUGUUCCACUACUACUACAUACCCCGGUGGAGCAAGUUUCUGUCUCUGGCGCUGGACGCCAAGGCGAGAGGGGAGACGUUUGACGAGAAGACCGCUCAGAGGGUCGUGAGGGCGUCUGUGGAGGAGCAGUUCCCGUCCGUCACUAUCGACGCCCUCCCGCGGCAGGACGCUAACAUGCUCGCCCUGAGGCUGUACGAGAAGUGGGCCCACGUAUCGGACCUCGAGGAUUUGCCGAUAUCAGUCAUCAGAGAGAUCCCGAACAAGAGAACGACGUUGGCUGACGUUGCGUUAGAGGAAAACGCGGAGGAUGAUAUUAUUACCGUUGUUACUGAAAAGUAUAUCAGCAAAUAAUUCAAAAAUAUAUAUUUUUUAAUUACUUACAAAUAUAUG